ACACAAUAUGUGAGGGUCAUAGCCAUGCUUAGUCGCUCGCUUCUCCUCGCCCUCAGCCGCCUGCCAUGUCUCGCAGCAACAUGCUUCUUGGCCCUUUUAGCCAAAAGGUGGCCGGACGUUGGCAUCCCCUGUGUGCUCCUGAGAUGGGUCCACUUUACUCUACGGCCUUAUCCAGCCCAUGGAGAUCGGGGAGACGGUGAGUCUGCCAAAAGGUCUCAUCCGUUCAAGGCUAUCAUGUUUAAUUUGAGGACUCCUUACCUCGAGGUAUAAAGCGGGCAGACGCGACAUGCCUCAUGUUGCCCAUUGACUUCCUCAUAUUCACCGACACAAGAACAGUAACUAGCAAGACUCGUUCACCCAAACCACCUACUCCUCCUCCGGUACCUUCACAACAACACCACUCCCUAGGACAAUUGACUACCUGAACCGCCAACAUGUCGUCCCACCAGCCUCAUUACAUCUCCCCCAACGGCACGGUCUACAUUGCCGGCGGCCAAGACAACAACUGCACCAUAUCAGUCUGUCCCGUGGAGCUCAGUGUCUAUGGCUACCGUCCCUCCCUCGGCCUGAGUAGCGCACUCAUAGCUCUCUACGCCAUCUGCUGCAUCAUUCAAGUGGCCUUUGGCUGGCGAUACAAGACCUGGGGCUUCAUGACUGCCAUGUUGCUCGGGUGCGUUGAUGAGAUCCUUGGCUACGUUGGUAGGAUCAUGAUGUACCAGAACCCAUUCGAACAUCCGGGCUUCAUCAUGCAAAUUGUUCUGAUCACCAUUGGCCCCGUCUUCUUCUCCGCCGCGGUAUAUGUCAUGCUCUACCAGAUUAUCAACUACAUCUCCAUCAAGCACUCACGCUUCAACCCCCGACUCUUCUAUUACAUCUUCAUCCCGUGCGACGUGGUCAGCUUGAUCCUCCAAGCCGUCGGCGGCGCAAUGUCGUCCACGUCGAACGGGUCCUCCGAAGCUGGGGUCAACAUCGCUUUGGCCGGGUUGGUCCUCCAAGUCGUCACACUCUUCGUCUUCAUGUGUUUUGGUGUCGACUACUUCGUCCGCAGUCGCAGUGUCUGGCGAUCAGCCCGGAUCCCGAAGAAGUUCACCGUCUUCGUGGUUUUCCUGUCGCUAGCAACCAUCUUGAUCCUUGUGCGUUGCUGCUAUCGUGUAUACGAGUUGAACCAAGGAUAUUCGAGGGACAGCGAGGCUUUGAGAGAUCAGUCGCUGUUCAUCGGGCUUGAGGCUAUAAUGGUUAUCCUCUCCGCAUAUGCAUUGGUCGUCGCACAUCCUGGACCGGUGUUCCAGACAGGUCAGCGACAUGUGGUCGAGGAAGAAGUUGUUGAACAGAAACAGAUGGGCAAUAUUUCCGGGUCUUCAGAAUCUUCCGAAUUGGCAGGUGGGAGAGUUUGAAAGCUGCAGUGGGCAAGGACGGCAUAAGACCUGCAAGAUGGAGGUCAUGGAUAUCGUUCUAUUAUUAGUCAUACCAGGGCUUGAGACGGGAUUACUGUCAAGAACAAUCUGAUGAUUGAUCCAUGGAG